CAAGCCCUGCUCGACGGCGCACAUUCACCCCGGUUCGAGCAGGAUUCAUCGCCAUAGACGAUACUAUCCCCUUUUGAUUCUGUCCACGGGCACACCGCUAGCCGUCAGCCCACAAGGAAAUGGGCCCCAUAGAUAUUCUCGGUGCCAAACCCCUUGCGAGCCGACUUAGCGUCGCCCCUGCUCCUACUGACCCAUUCGCACGCAGCAUCGGCAUCAUUAGCACCGGCAUUGGAAGCAGAAUGACGCCAUCCCCGCCCGAGUCGGCAGGGCCGGUGACGCCAGAGUCGACAUCAGCAUCUUCGCUAGCUUCUUCCUCUUGCUCGUCCUCCUUGGUGGGGACCAUGGCUGCGGACAGCUUGGCGGCCGCCAAGGUCGCUGCAUAUGGACCCCUAACAGGGCCGCCGGGUGGCACGCUCAACAAGUACACAGAAUCGAGACGCUUGUCGUUCUCCGAGGGUCGCAAGCCGAAUCUCACGUUCACACUCUCUGAUGACACAAAAGCAGAAUGGUCUGCCUCCAUCAUAAUGGCCAAUCAGAGAUCCGCUUCCUUUGGAUGUAAACCUCCUACAGGGUAAUUUCCGACGCGGCAAGGCUACCGCCUAGCACGGGCAGGCGAGGAAUACCUGCGCCGCCGCCAAAGCCAGAGGAAAUCAC